GAGAGAGAGAGAGAGAGUCAAAGUGUGAGAGCUAUCCUGCUUACCCACUACCAGUCAGUAUAUAUAUAUAUAAUAAGACAGAGGAUGAUACGUUGCCAGUCGGCGAUAAGUUAGACGACAAAAAAAGAAAAAAGAAAAAAAAGGAAGAAAAUAAUAAUUUUAAUCUUUUCCCCCACCACCACCUCCGUUUAAUUGUAACGACAGUGAUUGUAAUAUCAUGAUAGUUGUGACAUUUGGACUUGUUACGCUUUUCACAACUUGAUUUUGGAACUUAACAUUAACCAAAUCGAUGGAUCCUAACGAUUCUUCAGCUGCCACACCAGCAGAUGCCUCCGCAAGAGGCCAGAGGCGUGAACAUUUACCUAACAGACUUGUUGGAUAUUGUCACAAGACAAAGCCACCUUUACCAAACAAACCACGCCCUCCUCUUCCAGCAAAACCAAACGUAUCACUUUCUCAAGGCAAGCCACAAACGUCUAAAAGAAACAAUGGAGAAUUGGCAUCAACCAACCAAAGAAUUAUAUUAGAUUCUUCAGGUAAAGGAAAAGCACCUCCACCACCACCACCUUCUUCACCACCAUCAUCAUCCUCAUCGCCACCACAACUACCACCCAAAGACACAUCACCUCCACCUACUCCAAAGAAACCGACGGGAGAAGCUUCACCUAAAAGUGCCCCCAGUUCGGUAAAUUGUACGCCAGUGACUGUGAAGAAAUCACCAUUCUCCAAAAAUGACAUACAGACUAAGAUUUUGAAUUCCGUUCGCAACAACUCAAACUUCAACCUAGACUUCAACAUUAACAACAACAUUUCUACCACAACUAAUGCUAGUUCAACUUACACUUCUAAUGAUAACAACAACAACAACAAUGACAACAACAGUAACAUCAAUGAGACAGUAAGUGAAAACAGCAGAAAGCUAUCAUCCCCUAAAACCAACACACAGCAGGGAACUUCCAGGAAAGUCUUCACGAGAGCCAAAAGCACUCCUCCAGCCCCUUCACCUAAGACAUUUACUAUCAGGGUGGCUUUCGGUGCAGGGAAGAGUCAUUCGUGUUCUUCAAGCAUUGCUCAAAGUUCGAACGCUUCCAAUAACGAUGACAACAACAACAAUAUUGUCCAGAAGAUACAGUCCAGUGAACCGAAUCCUGUAAAGACACCUGCCUCAGACUGCCACGAGUCGUAUAACAUAGAACCCAGGAAAACACCACCACCGCCACCUGUGAAACCAAAGCCCAGACCCAAACCUCGUGAACGCCCCGUGCCAAAACAGCGGGUUUCAUUAUUACUGCGACAGAACUCUGUAGAAUCAGUUGAUGGCAGCAGUCCAGGAACAAGUGCAGAUCAUCAUUCUGAUGACGGUUUAACAAAUGAACUGAACAGUAGCAAAAACAGCAACAGCAGCUACAAUGAUAACAGUGUCAGACCAAGCAAUGAUACCCCAAUACAAUUAAGUGAAACAAAUCCCCUUGCUAAUACUUCAGUAAAGAGAGAGUCUAUUUCUAAUGAUAUAGAGACUGUAGAUGCAUCGCUACGGCACGUCGAGGAAUGUGUAAAUAAUAUAUUAAAGUCUCAAGAAAACAUUGACAACUUGUCAUCUCCGGAAAGGUCUCGGAGGCAAGCCCCUAGAGUACCCGUUAGAGACUAUAAGCUUAGGUCAUCUUCUGUAGACAGAUGCAGUGUGUCUCAUUCAUACCAUAAAAACUGGUCAGAAUCCUCGUCAAAAUCCUUGGAAACUGAGGAUCAGGUGCAAUUACCACGUAAAACUCGAGUAAACAAUUCUCCCUUUGAUCUUCUCGUCUCAGGUGUCAAUGACCCAACUCCUCCAAAACCCCCUGCUCGUCCACCACGCCCUAAACAUGAGGAAAUCAAGCGAUCUCGUAGCAAGUUGACAGCAUCCGAUAUUCAGUUUAUGCAUGUUGACUUCACAUCUUCUCAACAGGCUCAAGAACUUGGAGCACCUACAUUAACAAGACAGAAAUCUGAAUCGCGUAAACCUUGUCCACCAAAGCCUCUGCGUAAGAAUCUACGGCGGUGCCGUUCUGAUGCUGCAGAUCACCGCAACAAAGAUAAUGACAUAGAAAGCAGUCGAAGUCGAACGCUCAGUCAACCGUUUCAAAGAGACUCUGAAGACAUGUCAAUGGCAUCAAGCCCUCCAAAUAAAAUGAUCAACCAGCCUGAACCCUCUUCUCCAAACAUAUCGAAAAGCCCUGUUCCUGCCCCACCUCGCAGAUGGUAUGGCCGAGAACAGGAACAGACGAAAUCACCUCACUCAGAAAGUGAUGAUGUAAACUCAAAUUGUGAUGUAACCAGUGCUACUGACAAAACCAGUAGCAAGGUCAGUUCUGCUAACCAUGAUACCACAGACGCUGACACCAUGGACUUUUUCAGCUCUCCCCAAAUAUCUUGCACCUACCCUGCCCCAGUACCAAGAGGCAAAUCGAAAGAGCGCACUCCAACACCACCCCGAGUGCCUCCACGCAAUUAUACUGAGAAUGAUGAGGCAGGCGAAACCAACACUGACAACGAAGAGGUAUUUACACCUAGCAAGCAGUGCGAUGACUCUUCAAAAGAAAAAUCUUCAGAAUCCAAUAAAAACUCUUCAGACAAUUCUCUUAAAACUGAUGCUGAUAUGUACAGCAGCAAUGAUAAUAUCAACAAGAGCCCCACCUUUAAGCAUGAUCGACCAUUGAGUUCGAUCAGCCAGAUAAGUUUGCCUUCAGACAGUGGUUCGGGAAGUGCUGAAAUGCAAAAUAACAAUUCCAUUCUUAGUUCGGGUACUGAUUCCUCUGAAGAAGAUGAAGCAGAACAAGCUAAGAGUGACCGAAGUGCUAAGAAAGUCUACUAUAUUGCCGAAGAAAUCAUGUCGUCAGAGAAAAUUUUUGUCCGUAUUCUUUGUCUCAUCAAUGUGGAUUUCCGUUUGGCAGUGUCAAAUGCUACAGAAAAGGCUGGACGUCCAGUUAUUCCAACUGAUGUCUUGAAUCGGAUUUUGAAUUUCCUCCCACAGCUACAGAAUUUUAAUGAAGAUUUGCUCAGUGACCUUGAAAACAGAUUAAAGAAGUGGGAUUCAAUACAAAAGAUAGCAGAUAUUUUCGUCAAAAAGGGACCUUUUCUCAAGUUAUAUACCUCUUAUAUUCGUGACUUCAAGAACAUGCAAAUGCUCUUUGAAGAGUCUUGCCGGAAAUACCCAGCUUUUGCUAACGCUGUGAAAGAAUUUAAGUCUCACCCAGAGUGUCAGAACCUGGACCUGACUCAUCAUAUGUUGAAACCUGUGCAAAGGAUUCCACAGUACAGACUCCUCUUGUCUGAAUAUCUCAAAUACCUCACUCCAGACAGCCCCGACUACAAAGAUACUCUCACUGCUCUAGAUAUUGUAAGCAAGGUCUCUGAACAUGCAAAUGAAAGAAUUCGACAGGGUGAUAAUGUUCAGAAAUUAAUGGAAGUCCAGUAUGCUUUGAUAGGAAACUUUGAAGUGAUUUACCCAGGUCGUGAACUUAUCAAGAUGGGGGAGUUACAGAAACUCUCUAGGAAGGAGAUGCAACCCAGAGUAUUCAUUUUGUUCAAUGACACGCUUUUGUAUACGACACCAGUACCUGCAGGAUAUAAACUCAUCAACGUCUUAACAUUAGCAGGAAUGAAGGUGAAAAAAACAACAUUAGAUGACUUCAAAAACGAAUUUAACAUCAUCAGUAUCCAACGAUCAUUCACAGUUUGUGCAAACACAUCUGCCGAGCGAGAUGAAUGGAUCGAUGCCAUAUCUAAAGCUAUAGAAGACAACACUUUGAAAAGGAAUUCCUUUGAAGUAAAUCGAACACAAGUACCUUCAUUGGAAAAGGGGUUUGUGUUAGGUUCAAAAGCACCUCUUUGGGUACCCGAUGCCAGAGUAACGAUGUGUAUGUUGUGUACUUGUGAAUUCACUGUUACCUGGAGGCGGCAUCAUUGUCGAGCCUGUGGCAGGGUGACUUGUGGUAACUGUUCCAACAACAAAGCGCCUUUACUGUAUCUGGAGUACAGACCCAGUCGGGUGUGUGAUGAGUGCAAUAAGAAAUUAUAUGAAGAAGUGGAACAGCAAGUGGACGAAAUAAAGCUUGCAAAAGAAGAAGGCAAGAAACUCGAAAAUGUGCUACCAGAUGACUUACUGUCUCGAUUCCAAAGAAUUCGCAAGAGUGGACGCCAUGGCCAGAAGAACAUAAAACGGCCUGCUUGGCUGAAAGAAGUACAUGCUAAUGAUCAGGGUUCAACAAUGAGUGGUUACUUGAAACUAUACAAAGGUAAAAGAUGGAAGCAGCUUUGGUUUGUACUGAAGGACAAAGUAUUAUAUAAAUACAAAGCCAGUGAGGAUAUGGCAGCUAUAGACAGUCGACCUCUUCUGGGUUAUCAGGUGAACAGAAUAACAGAGGAGGCUGGUGAUGGCUCUGGAAGCUUAAGCACAAAUUCCAACUCCUCCGAUCCAAGAGCACGCAAUCAAUGGUAUGAAGGCAUAGAACGCCAUCUUUUGUUUGAACUUACACAUUCAGGAAUGCAGCCCAUGAGAUUCCAAACUGAUAGUGCAGCAUCAACAGAGAAAUGGGUGACAGUAUUACUUGAAGCUUCAGUGCCCUAGCAAAUGGAAUAUAUGGUGGACCAAUGACAGACAGACCUAAAUAUAUGUUUCUUGUUGGAAAUAAUUAUAAUUUAUCUGUGAAACACAUCGAUUCCAUCCUAGAAGAAGACGUAUAGCUGGUCAUGUGGAUCAGUAGUCAAGCAGAUGCUGUUUUAUCUGUAUAUGUUUUCAAUACUCAGACAUAAACAAUUUUUGAUACAAGUCAAAGCCUGUUAAACAAAAAGCAAAAAAAAAAAAACAAUUCUUUUCAAGGAAAAGCUGUGUUAAACAAAAGUGACAUCUGUUCAUAUAAAAGCCUGUGAUCAACAAAAAAUUGUGCUUAAAUUAAACCUUGUGUUAAAAAAGGAAUACUCAUGAUCACAGAAGGAUUGUAUUAACAAAUUGGUAUAUGUUGAAAUGGAAACUCAUGUUAAAUGAAGGCUUGUGUGAAAUGAAGCCCUACAUUAAACGAAGACUUGCAUUAAAUGAAGACUAAUGCUUAAAUUAAUGACUGUAUUAAUGAAUUUUUUUUUUUUUAUUUAAAGGAAAAUCUGAAUUAAAGACUUUUUUUUAAUUGGAGAAUCUUGUAAAUGAAAGUCUUAUGUUAAACAAAAGCUUGUGUUAAAUGAAGGCCUGUAUUGAACGGAGGCUAAUACCUAAAUGUUAGCUGUCGUAAUGGAGAUUUUUAUUUAAAGGAAGGCCUGCAUUAAAUGAAAAGACCUUUGGUAAAUGAAGGUUUCAUAUUUAAAGGAAAGUUUUGUGCUAAACAAAAACUUAUGUUUAAAUGAAGGCCUGCAUUCAAUGAAUACUCAUAUUCUAUUGAAGACCUGUGUUAAAUGAAAACAUGUGAAGCAAAAAUCAAAAAGAAAGACACUAAUGCAUAUAUAUAUAUAAAUGUGAUGUUAUAAAUUGAAAAUCUAUUUUUUUAAAUAUUUCAUGAUAUUGACCUUUUUUUGUAAGGGUAGAUGGGGGGAGAAGGAAAGGAGUGAUGACUGCAUGGGAGAGAUGGAUUUUUACCCUGUAUUAAACAAAAUGAUAAAACUAAAUGAAUCAAAGUAAUUAAAAUAAAUAUUGAAAUAUAA